UCUCUCCCUCACAGUGUCUCACAAAGCCAGUGCUGUUCUGCAAGUCCUGUGUAGCCCCACACCACAUGGAGAUGGAAGCUGACAUGGAGCGAGGUACCCAGUGCAAGCAAGACCUAAUCAGUGACAGUAAGAAGGGUCUGGGCUGCUGUGGGUGGUUCAUUGUGAUCAUCUCAGCGUUUUUCUGUAUAUUGAUCUUUCCAAUCAGCGUUUUCAUAAGCAUCAAGAUUGUGAAAGAAUAUGAACGUGCAGUUAUAUUUAGACUGGGACGGAUAACAGCCCGAAAACCCAAAGGACCAGGAAUCUUCUUCAUCAUCCCUUGCACAGACUCCUUCAUCAAGGUGGAUCUGAGAACCAUCUCAUUUGACAUCCCUCCUCAAGAGAUCUUGACAAAAGACUCAGUGACUGUUUCUGUGGAUGGCGUGGUGUACUUCCGUGUAAAUGACCCCAUUGCCUCUGUGGCAAAUGUGACCAAUGCUGAUUAUUCCACUCGUCUAUUGGCCCAGACCACCCUGAGGAAUGUACUGGGCACCAAAAACCUGUCUGAGGUCCUGUCUGACCGAGAGGGCAUCUCACAGAGCAUGCAGAUGACUCUGGAUGAAGCUACAGACUCGUGGGGUAUUAAGGUGGAGCGGGUGGAAAUUAAAGAUGUCAAAUUGCCUCUACAGCUGCAGAGAGCAAUGGCAGCUGAGGCUGAGGCAGCACGGGAGGCUAGAGCGAAGGUCAUCGCAGCAGAGGGAGAGAUGAAUGCAUCCAGGGCUCUUAAGGAAGCAUCUCUCGUGAUUGCAGAGUCUCCAUCCGGUCUUCAGCUGAGAUACCUCCAAACCCUCAGCACCAUUGCAGCUGAGAAGAACUCCACCAUUAUCUUCCCUCUGCCCAUGGACAUGAUAAGCCAAUUCAUAAAGAAAUGAUUGCAGAAACAUUUUUGUGUAUUUACAAAGUAUACAAAUGUAUGCAAAAGCAGUUUAACAAUUUUUUUUAGAAAUUUUAAAUGAUUUCCUUAUGUGCCAUGUUGAAGGAAUGUUGUAAUUUAUGUAUAAUAUGAAAGAGUUAAGGUUUACAAAUGAUUUUAUAUAUAUAUACAUGAAUGUCAUAUAUUUCAGAACAUGCACUGGGGUUCAAAAGGCCCUAACUGAAAACUUUUCAUUUUUCUAUCUUUUUUUUUUUUUUUUUUUUUUUUUUGCAGAUUAUAUUAUCAGCAAAUCACGAUAACAAUUUAACAAUCUACCUGAAAAAUAACAUGAAUUUAGAAUUCCUUAAUAUUUGGUAUGCCUCCCUUUUGGACCCCACUGUAAGCCAAUGCCUAAAUGCUAAUUUAUAAUCCUUAAAAAUAAAUGUACAUUUGC